GGCACAGCUGCAGGCAGAGCAAAACAUUUGCAGGAAUGAUUCUGUAUCUGGACAACUGCCAAACACCAAAAUCUUGGUGCAUAGCCUACACAUGGAGUAAAAGCGACACUGAUAGGUGGUCUACCCCAAGAGCCAUUCAGCAAACAGCCUGAUGGACGAGGACACACGGCGCAGGUUUGACACCGAAACGCUCUAAAUGCAGAACAGAGACGAGCGGAAAUGUUUCUUAAUCCGACGCAUUUGAUGUGAGGCGGAACGACGCGACGCCCGCUCAGUGUUUCAUGAUGCAUUUGACCACCCUCAUGCCUGAUAUUCUUUUAUGACUCGAUUUUUCUUUUUUUAUUAUUUAUAUUCGCGUUGCCCUGCAGUAAAUCUGAAGCCCUACGAGGAGGAUGAAAGCGUCGGUAUUUGUCGUGGUCAUGUCCUCGGUUUUUUUUCAUCCCAGUUUUGCCUUCAGUUCGCAUUUCGACCCAGGUGGCUCCCCACUGAGUGAACUGUCAUGGCCGUCCUCUCUGGCAGUAGUGGCUGUCUCCUUCUCUGGUCUUUUUACAUUCGUCUUCCUCAUGCUGGCCUGCCUGUGCUGCAAGAAGGGGGACAUCAGCUUCAAGGAGUUUGAAAAUACAGAGGGGGAAGAGUGCCAAGCUGACCUUUCCACUUUAGCCUCUCCCAGUUCUCAGAAUGACCCUGAGGUUUACAUCCUGCCCCUCACAGAGGUCUCACACCCUCUGUCCAAGCAGCCACGCAAAUCAUUUCAGCUGCUGAAGUCUGUCGAUCUUGGAUGCCACAGCCUACUCUACAUAAAAGAAAUCGGACAAGGCUGGUUUGGCAAGGUUUUACUAGGGGAGGUGAAUGCUGGACUCAGUACCACACAGGUCGUGGUUAAGGAGCUAAAGUCAAGUGCCAGUGCACAGGAGCAGAGGCAGUUCCUCGAAGAGGUCCAACCUUAUCGGGUGCUCCAGCAUCCUGCCCUGUUGCAGUGUUUGGCCCAGUGUUCAGAAGUCAUGCCUUAUCUGCUGGUUAUGGAACACUGCCCCUUGGGAGAUGUUAAGGGAUACCUGCGCAGCUGUCGGGCGGCAGACACAGUGACCCCUGAUCCUUUGAUUCUUCAGCGAAUGGCAUGUGAGAUUGCAUCUGGCCUUCUGUACCUGCACAAACACAAUUACAUUCACAGUGACCUGGCUCUCAGGAAUUGUUUGUUGACCUCAGAGAUGGCAGUGAAAGUUGGAGACUAUGGUCUUAGCCACAGCAAGUACAAGGAUGACUAUUAUGUGACAACAGAUCAAAUAUGGGUUCCACUUCGCUGGAUUGCACCAGAACUUAUUGAUGAAGUCCAUGGCAAUCUCUUAGUAGUGGACCAAACCAAGGCCAGCAAUGUCUGGUCACUGGGUGUAACAAUAUGGGAGCUGUUUGAACUGGGUAACCAGCCUUACAGGCACUAUUCUGAUAGGCAGGUUUUAACAUAUGCUGUGAAGGAACAGCAGGUCAAACUGCCAAAGCCCCUGCUGAAAGUGCCUCUGUCUGAGCGCUGGUUUGAGGUAAUGCAGUUCUGUUGGCUGCAGCCUGAGCAGAGGCCUGUGGUGGAGGAGGUUUAUCUACUGCUGAGCUACCUGUGUGCUAAAGGUGCCACUGAGGCUGAUGAAGAAUUUGAGAAACGCUGGACCUCUCUUAGGCCGAGUCUGGGCUUUAGCAGCUCUCUCAGAACCCCUGCACCUGAGGCAGCCUCUACCAAUUCCUCCUCAUUUCCUCUACUUGAACACUUCUCCAUGGCAGACAGCUUCCAGUCUGAGAGUGGGGAUGACAUAUUGACUGUAACUGAGACCAGCCAGGGGCUCAACUUUGAGUAUAAAUGGGAGCAGGCCCGAGCUGAGCAGCCCUACUGCUCCUCUUCAGCUAAUGGACCACUGGGAAAAAUUAAUCCACAUUACCAAGAUGUCUAUUACCCUCAUAGCAAUUCCACAGGUAGCUGCAAGGAUGGAAGCCUCCCUCUUGGGGUCUCUCCAUCCUACUGUGAGACAGACCAUCCUGGGGUGGUUCCAGUGUUGAGUGCACACAGCCCCUCAGUAAGUAGUGAGUAUUACAUACGUAUUGAGGAGCCAGCUGAGUGUAAUAUCAACUUAGAGGACAGCACACUCGAUUACAGUCCAAGAGUUGAGGCCAGCAACAGCAGCUUGUCCAUCAUGAGUGGGAGGAGCCCAAUUGGGGCUCAGCCAAACACCUACUGGUCAGCUGCUAAAGAACCCAUCAGUAAUGAUUAUCAUUCAGAUAGCAGCCCAACCAUAGAGCUACUCCAAAGAAGAGUGCCAAACUCUGAAGCGACAGACCAGUCUGAGUAUUUCACUUCAAAUGACCAAAUUUUCCAGGGUGAAGAGUCACCACAAGAUGUUCGUUUGACUGGAGGUCAUGGUUCAGACUCUCAUCAGCAGAGAAGAGAGUCAGAAGUCCUCUGCCAUAAAUUGGAGGUGGUACAGGAUGGCCAACUUGGCAUUUCUGUCUCUUUUAGUAGUCCCAGUUUGGCAAGCUGUGACCCCUACAUUGAGUAUAACCAGAGAGCUGCAGAAAAGAGUAUAGCCAACGAGGCCUACUAUGACAUGAUGGGCCCCCUACAAAAGAAUGUGCCCAGACCCCACAACAUGAGUAUUGAUAUCGAUGCUGGGGAUGGCCUUCUUCUGGGCAGUACCAAUCCAGAAGACGAGGAUGAUCUUUUCUCUCAGAAUGUGUUAACUAACUGGAACUCAAACCACUCGGCAAACAACAACAGUUUAAGUGAUCGAAAGCAAGCUUUUGGGUUUCAAGAUGCAUACUUUGAUUUACGUCACCCCACACCCUCCUCUUAUGUCGAGAAACUGAAAUCAAGAGUUUUGGAAACAAGCAACAGUUGUACCUAUAAUUACAAUGAUUCUCUCAAAAUUCACUCAUACAUGGAAGCCACACAUAGUACACCCAUCGUUAGCAAUUCUCACUCACACUCUGAGGGUGGAGAUUACCUACAUCUGUGCCCUGAAACUAGCCAGGAUGUUGAAUCAACUUCCAAAUGUUAUCCUGUCACAGAAAGUCAGCAUAUUCAUACACAGCAGAAGAACAUUGCUCAUAAACAUAUCAAAGACAAUACAUCUGGCCUCCUUGUAAGUGGUUACAGCAGAAUUAAUCCAUCGACUCUUCCACUGGAGAUUGUAGUGACUAAAGAAAACAUGUUAUUUGAAACAAGGAUGUCACCUGCACAAAAAAUGAAACUUGGAUCAGAUGGUUCCACUGGAGUGCUUGUAAAGAUGGUAUCAUGCCCUAAGGAUCUCUCCGAGACUGUCUCAGAGUGUAGCAAUUUGACAGAUGGCACAAUGGGACCCCUCAACUCCAGUAUCAACUUGGUGGAAAUUAAUGACUGCAGUGAUGAUGUCACUGACAUCACCUCUGGAGUCUUUGCAGAUUAUCCCUUGGACUAUGCAGAGGUGGGCAAUAUUGAUGUGACUCAUAGACCAUUGCAGAGGGAAACUGGGUCUAGGCACUAUGAGGACACAAUUAACCUUGCCUCUAGCAGCAGUCCAUGUGAGGCCUUCAGCCCCGACAGUUACCACAAAACCAUUCAGCCCAAAUCCCUAGAUAGUGGCUAUGACACUGAGAACAAUGAAUCCCCAGAAUUUAUCAUAAAAGACAUUGAAGGCAAUCCAGGCCUUAGCACCAGUGUGGAAUCAGAAGAGUGUGACAUUGUCCUCCAGAUGGACUUAGAUGAAGUUAAUGUUAUGCUCCUAGAUUCCUCCAACAGCAAUCAUAUACAGCUAAUUGGCCUUUUUGAGAGAAACCAGUACAGAGACUCUGCUUAUUUUUCUGACUAUGACACAGAAAACGACAAGAGCCCUAGUAAAGGGGGUCGAAACUUCUUUGUUCGCCAAGAUGAGGAUGAUUUUUUUGAGCUCAAAGCCGAAAAAGAGGACUCAGGAAAGAUAGUUGGGAGAAAUGGAUGUAGUACAGAAAGAGAGGAUGGAUUUACCAUUCCUGCAUCAAAGGACAACAGUGUUGUGCUUCAUGUUAAACAAUUUUGUCUUAAAAGGGCAAAUCAAGAUAUGCCAGUGAUUUCCAUGCUUUCCCCCUUUCCUCCAGAAAUGGGAGGAUGCUUGACCAAGGAGCCCACCCCAGAUGAUGGUAUUGGGCUUGAAUCUGAUCACUCUGGAGAUGAUCCAAACUCUGAAUGCUACUCCUCCACCAUGUACGAAGGGUCCACUUCAAUGCAAGAGGCCACAGGAAUGGAGCACCAGGCUAAUGGAGAUUAUUUGUCAGCAGAAUCACUAGGCUCGGACUCCACCAUUGUGGAGUUUAGUAGAGAGGUAAUCCAAGCAGAGGAGCAGGAGGCCUGUAAUAACAAAGGAGACAAUCCAGAGCUUCCAAAUGAAGGGAAUAACAAAGAAAGGGAAGAUGUAGUCAAUUCAGUGGAAGAUAAAGACAUAGGCCAGGCACUUUCAAGAAAGCGAGAUGAGUCCCUGGAAAACAUUCUACCAGCUUUGCCAGAAGAUAUAGAUGUUCCAGCUCCAUUGGGAAAUGGGGAGGAGGCAGAUGAGGAGGAUUCAGGUGAUAGUGAUGAGUCUGAUGAAGAACUUCGUUGCUACAAUAUACAGGAGCAGAGUGAUGAGAGUGAUGAAGAGUUCCCCAUGGUGCCUGUCAUUGUGAGUGACCGUAGCAGUGCACAUCAUCUGCGCAGCCUCCUCAAAAUACCCUCUAUACUUACACAAUCCUUCUGCGAUGAGAUGGAGAGCAAGAAAAAAGCUGUGUCAUUCUUUGAUGACGUCACUGUUUUUCUGUUUGACCAGGAGAGCCCCACUGGUGAUCUUGGAGACUAUAGUUUUCCUGUGGAAGCAGAAUCCUAUUGUCAAACUUUAGAGAUAGAGUCACCACAAUCCAAGGAUAGGGUCAAUGCCACAGAGGAUUCAUCAGGCAGGAAUGUCCCUCAAAGAACAGGUGGGGCAUUUGGGUGGCAAGAUGAUUUUUUAUUGACGACAAGCCCCUCAACAUCAGAACCUGGAUAUGAAGAAAUUACAACACCCCCCAACUCUCCAGUCAAAUCUCCAGAUGAAAAACCAGCACAGCCGCUCUCCCGAUUUAAUGUCUCUCGUUUUUCAAUCACGCAUGUGUCUGACUUCCACAUGAACUCCAUGGAAGGGAACAGUGAAAAUGGAGACCAGAAGUGAAGGGGACAUUUUAACCUAUUAAAUGAUGUGUUUGGUUUGAUUUGAAUGUAAAUGUAAAUGAUUUGGCCUGAUCAGGCUAUGAGUUCUCCUGUAUUGCUUUUUUAUUUUUAUUUUUUUAACGUGCUGGACGAAAGGGUCCCGUGAAACUGAUAUGCUUUUUGGACAGAGUGCCUCAUAUUGUAAUGGAUUGACAGUAGCCUUCUUUGUGUUUCUAGACAUAUGGUGGUUAAGUGACAGAGUCUCUUGAUGACAACCAUUAUAAGAACAGAACAUAAAUCUAUGUAUCAGAACAUAUUUAUUAUCUAUGUAUUACAAUCAUGAUGUAUGAAGAUGAUAACUUAUUUGCACAAUUCAAUGUCAUUAACAUGUUUAUAUCAUACUUUUUACACACACACACACACACACACACACACACACACACACACACACACACACACACACACACACGCUGUAGGAAACAAAGUAGGUGCAAGGCUGCUCUCCUCAUUUGCUUGUCGUAUGCCCCAUGUUGUCAAUCUGUGGUUAGAGCCCCAAAGAUCUUAGUGCUUUAAAUGUUUCAGGUCGAGCCCCCUACACUGUAAACCCUGAUGUUGACAUUACUGGAAAAAUUAAGUUGUCUUAAUUAAAACAUUACUUGAAAUGUCAAGUUUUGGGCUCAUAACUCAAAUAUCUAUGUUAUUAAGAGUUAAUAACUCAAACUAUUGAGUCUUGGUCAAUGGGAACAUAUUAGGGCAUUUAAAUAGUUGUUCUUUAUAAUUCAUAGCAAUUUUAGCUCUUUUAUAGUAUUAUUUAUGUUGGAAAUGGUUGUUUCGUGUGAUGUCAUCAUUAUGGUGAUCUGUGUCCCCUUUGGUCAGUUUGGACUCUGUUGACUAUGUCUCAGUUCUCCUUGUGCAUGUGCAACUGAGGUACAGGUGUCUAUACAUAACUGUGGAGAAAUACGUUUAUUUUAUGAUUGACCUAAAAUCUGUUAUAAUCUUCUUUAUUUAAGCUAUUGUAUGAUCUAAAUUUGAGUCCAUUCAAUUUAAAUUAUUAAGUAAAAACAACAUUUACAUAGCAAAUCUAUAUUAAGUCUACAUGCAUCUAGUUAACUUGACCUAAAUAGUUAUGUUCAUUCUAUAUGAUCACCAAGUAAAGUGAACAAGUUUUGGAAAUGCCAUCAAUCAAUUCAAAUGAGGGAAUGUAUUUACUCAAUCAGUUGAGUUGUCAACUUAUUAGGAUUUUAAGUUUAUAAGGAUUUUAAGUUAAAAUUGCAAGCUGCUCAAGUAAUUAUCGAAAUAUUUUCUGAAUUGAAAUCAUUUAGCUUUGGGGAGUUAAGAGUGUUACAACAGUAGAUAUUGAAGAUAUAAACAAUCAAAAAAAAAAUUAAUGACAAACAACAGUAAAUACAAUUUGUUUGUUUGAACUGAGAAAUGUUCUAUAAAUCUCUUUCUUUAUAAUUUACUACUCCACACAAAUCAAGAGCAUAUUUAUAUCUUAAUAAAUGUGCAGUUAGCAGGUUAGUUCCUCUCUGGCUAGAUAUUCAUUUCUCUUAUAAAAUAGAUAACUGCUAUCAGUCUCUACAUGCAUAAAACAUUUGACAAACUACAGUUAUACACUAGAGUAGUUGUUAUCUCUGAGACGUAAUGAAAGUAUUGCAGAAGAAUAGGCACUAAAAAAAGUAGAUGGCAUCAGAUGGUACUUGUGAGACAUUGAAUGGUGCUUGUCAAGAUCAACAUUUUAGGAAGGAGUGUUGCCUAGCAAUCAAUCUCAGACAUGAAUAACAUUUGCUUUGAAUACGAGAGCUACAAGGAAUGAGUGAAUAAACAGGGCUACUGAAGUUCUGCACUUUAAAGUAAACAUUCAUCAAAAUUUAGCUUAUUUACUUAAUGCACUUUCCUUGUCUUACUGUGCACAAUUUGUUGGUGCAUAUGAUUCCAAAAAUGUUUGUCUUCAUAAUCUUUAUUCAAAAUGUAGUUUCAAUUCAAACAAUUCCGAUGGAUAAAGUCAAGUUCCGUCUUACAUUUUUUUAUUGAAUGUCCUCUCUCACUCAGAAAUACUUCAGAUAGCAUUGAAAGGAUUGCGAAUUGUGUUUCAUGUUGAAUUUGUGGUUUUCCAAAACAAGAAGCAUAACCUCAAGUUAAAGAAGGAAGAAUGACCAUUACGUCUGUGAAUACAAUCUGUUAUAAACAGUGGCAGCUCCUACAGAUCUUAUCCUCCAUCUGUGAUUAUGGUUUGCCUCAUUACAGAAAAGUUAUUUCUAUAAUCGCCAAUAACAAAAACAUUACAGAUGCUCCAGAUGGCAUGUGGACCCCAUCUGUUUCCACAAAGUUCUUAGUAUAUUAUGUAUUUUGCCCCUAUAUGAUUUGAUGUGUUACACAGAAAAAAGUACAUGGUUUACAUGAUAAACUGUUUAAAUGUAAUGUGCAGCUGUAACUGUCAUGCUCUGCCUUGAAUUACUUGAGCCCAUACACAUUUGUGCCAAUACUGUAAGCGUCACAAUCACUGCACUGUAACCUUGCUUUGUCUAUGUAUGCCUUUCAGUAGUUUUAUACUGUGCUAAAACUUGCAGAAGUAGGUUCUUUAUAACAUUCAAAACAUCAGUGUUUCUUUUUGGCGGUUAAGGUUGCCAAAGUGAGGUAAAAUUAAAAAGUGAACUGAAUUGUUCUUGAAUGUAGAGGUGAGAGUCUGUUGUUACUACUGCCUCAUAUAGCUGUCGAACCGUAUUUCCUCACGAUUCAUGCCUAAUGUACAAUUCUAAAAAAUAAACCAAAU